UUCGGCAAAUCUUGCCCUGCAUGAGAAAACUGGUGAAUCGAGCGAGUUCAAUUCUGACACUGAAGGAAAGAUGGCUGUGGAUGGGCGAGUAGAUGAUGAUGAUUUGGCGCAUCAUUUUGCUGCAACUAUUCCACGAUAUGAUCCUGACCCAUACUGGUAUGUCGAGUUGGACGACAUGUAUUUGGUUCAAACUGUUGAGAUUAUAAGCCGGCGUGAUUGCUGUGCAGGUCAAGUGGAAACCUUUGAAGUUAGAGUCGGUAUGUAUAAUGAUCUAUUAAUGAUUUUAUUGAUUUUAUUUUACUCCUUCAGACAAAGUGUGGUAAGCCACCUGAGGCAAGGGGUCAAGACAGGCUCGGAAAAAUUAAAUUUCUAUCAAAGCAAAAAAAUUCUAUCAUACUGUGACAGAGAAUUUCUAUCAUACUGUGACAUAAACCAAAAACGAGCUUCAACGCCAUACAGCAUUUGAACGGACCCAAUGCCAUAUUAGAGAGCUUAAGGUUACAUGCAGGACACCCUUUUUGCGUUUUGCGGAAAAUCGCUACUGCGUGCUCAAUAUCAGUCCGAUUUUCAUCAAAUUUUCACCAAAUGUUCUCCAGUGCAUGCAAAAUAUGGUAAAGUUGUAAAAUUAACAAACAAUAAAAUAAUGUAAGAAUUAUUCAGGAAAAUCUUAAAUCGCGUCUUGAGUUGUGCUCCUGCUGGUUUUAAGUUAUAUUUAUGAAAAUAUCAUUUUUAUACAGUAAAAUAGUUGUUCUAAAAAAUUGUGUUCGGAAAUUUUUGUUUAUUUCGUCAUUCCGCUGAUAUGGCGAUUUCUUUGACGACUGCAAUAUAUUUCUGAAUUCUUUGAGUGAAUUGCUCUUUAUUUUUAAAAUAUCCAAAAUUUAAAAAAAAGCCGAACAUAAUUUAGCUAUGUCCUGUGAAAAUUUGAGAAAAAUUGGUUAAAACCCGCAGGAGCACAACUCGUUUGAAAAUCAGUAAUUACCGUAAAAUUUUUCGGGAGAAAACUAAAUUUGAAUAUUACAUUUUCAAUGUUUUUCUUAUUGCAGCGAAAUGUAUUUUGCUAAAUAACUCUGCGAGUUUUCAACAUUUUUUCGUCCAAACUUGGUCAGAUAAUAGACCUAGUCUAAUGCUUUCAUUGAAACCAAUAAAAAAAUUUUAGGGAAAAUUAACACUCAAAGGUGUUCUGUAACCUUAACGUGUAUGUGAAACGAGAAUUUUUAUUGUCUUAUUUAAAAAAACACUUUAAAAACUAUAGUUUUUCGUUCCGUUGCUUCGUUUUCGAUCGAGAUAUUUCAGUUAAUUUGACAUACGUGUCAAGGAUUCUAUACGUCACAAAUAUGCAUCAUGAGUUUGCUGAAAUUGUUGUAUAUUCUUGUUAUUAUGAAAUGAAAUUACCACAGAAUCCUGGUAUUUGAUGUAGUUGUAGAAUAACACACAUGUACAAUUUAACAAAUAGAUUACAUUUUCCCGUUGUCUGUUCAGUUAUAGAUAUACACAGUAUAACGUCAUAUGCAUGUGUAUCUCCCCUCGGCUUGGACAUCCUUUGUGAAUGGCCCCUUAUUUAUUUACUAUACAUUCUCUAAGUUGUAUAAUUACAGUCAAACCGGAUGUUCUCUUGCGAGCAACAUUACAAUAUUGUCCCACAAUAUUGCAAUUUUGAUAGGCAGAUUGCUCCGAGCAAUUUGCAACCGACACGAACAAAUUGCAAGUUGAAAUUGACAAAAGUUUUGUAAAACAAAGCCUCUGACUGGACUGUAAGAAAGGGGGAAGCACCAACCAGUUGCUCAGACUAUUUGAUUGGCUUCCCUCAAACUCAAAAAAAAUUUCUGGGGCCAAUGGUCCCGUUGUCCCACACUCUUUCCACCCCUGGGUACCUCCCGCCCCUUCUUUCCCUACCCUAAUUGUAAGUUUUCUAUUUAGGUGAGAGGCUGAAUGACGAUGGAGGCAAGACUAAUCCUCCAUGCGGGGAACCUAAAAACAUGAACAACAUACCCAAGCACACAUUCCGCUGUGAGCUGUAUGGCAAAUUUGUGACUGUUAAGAAGGCUAAUCCCCCUGUUAUAUAUGGUCUUGUCUUACUUGAAGUCAUGGUGAAUAAGGAACCAACUCGUAAGUUUAGAUUGCAACUUGCCACUGUUCUGUGAUCGCUAACAUAGUAAAGAUCUUGGAGCCAGGAGAGCUUGGAAUAUUAAUGAGUUAACAAGGCUAUUUGCCAGUGUAUUGUAAUUUGUAUCCAAAAAUUAAAAUAUAUUAUUUAUUUCCCCACAAUUUGUAUCCCAUAUAUCAUACGCCAUCAUUUGGGUAUAUUCAAAAACUUUGAUUUCUGAAUACUAAAGUUCAAGUAGAGGUCAUAAAAAUCAAUGGACAAUUUUAGAAAGUUGUAAAAAAUCACUAUCCGGUACAUACAACUGUCCUUAAUAUAGAGACCGGUUCUAAAGGUGGUUCAAUACAGUUUUUUUAAUGGAAAAUUUGCGAUUUAGAUCCGAAUUUUUGGACGAGUAUUGCUUGUUGAAAAACAAAAAGUAUCUUAGUUUUGUAAAGCAACAUCUUAAGAGUUUGAACUUUUUCACAAAAAAACAAAAACAACUGCCGUUGCUAUGGCAAGAAUGAGAUUUCAAAAUGGCGGAUAUUAUGGUUUUAAAGUAAUUCGACUCGUAAAUGACAUAGAUUAAGCUGAAAUUUUAUUUUAUAAAAUGAUUUCUCUUAAUAAAAAAAUGAUUUCUCUUAUUUCUCUAAAAAUUCUGCUGAGCCAAAUGUAUUCAAAUUAAUUAAGUGAUUAUCAGUCGUAAUAAUCUUUUUUGCUCAACAGAAUUUCAGAUGUUGUUUUUUUUUUUGUUUGUUUUUUUUGUUUUUAUUACGCCCGUAAAAAAUAUCAAGUUAUUUACAUUUAUUUUUCUAUUGUUUUGGAUAGGCUAGGAGCCUUCUAGAAACCUACUAGGCUUUUUAAUUAAGACCCCUAUAGACUAUACUUACAUUAUUUCAUUCUAUUUAGUCAGUUCGAAUAAUAUAUGAGAUUGAACAAAGAUAAAAGCGUAUAUAACAAGUAUAAAAUAAAACAUUAACAUGCAUAUAAACUUAAUUAUAUAUAUUCGAAGUGGAGGAUACUAUAUAUGUAUAUUUACAGUAAAGAAAGUGGUAAUAUAUUUUAAACCAUUAUACAUCCAUUGUUGAAUAUAUAAUGAUUUUUUAUUUUAAUUUUAAAAGUACUAUAAGAGAAAAUAGAUUUGUAUUUACAUCAGUAAGAUAUACUUUUUGUUUCUUUAACAAGUAUAAUAUAAAAAUAUAUAAUUGUCCAAAAACAUGGAUCUAAAUCGUGAAUUUUCCAUUUUAUAAAAAAACUGUAUUUUGUCAGUUAGUUCAAUAAUUACAUGCUCUGUUGAUCUAUUUUUUCUAAAUCCAUAUUGAUAAGAUAUUAUUCUUUUCUACAAAUUUGAUUACUCUUUCAUCCAUAAUUUUUCUAGUAAUUUGGAAACACAUGUUAGCAUGACUGAAAGUAUAGUGAUGAAUUAUUAUUACCUUUAAUAAGUGUCACGGCGCUGAUUGGCUAAAAUAUACGGCGCAAAGAAACGUUUAAAAUUAAUGCUACAUGAUUGGAAAAGAUGCAGCAGCCUACAAUUUUUAAAACAAAGCAAGGAUGUCCUGCAUAACGAAGGGAUUAUAAAUAGUAUAUCGUAUUCCACUCCUAACUUGAUUAAUUGUUGGUAGACAGUUUUUCAAGUUCGCGCAUAUUUUGGAUGCGCAGUAGAACCGUGACGCUGCCCCUUUAAGUUCAUAUAAGUUUCAAAAAACCUCGGGGUUUUUUGAAAUUCUGAAGCGAAUUUUAACAAAUGUUAUCAUGAAUAUUCCAAACGAUAUAUAUAUAUAAUUCAAACGAAAAGUGACAAAUAUUGCGUUAAUAAGAAAUAAAACAUCGUAUUAGAGAUUGUAAUCAUUAAAUAUGGGAUUUGUAUUACUAUUGGUGUGAGUAUAAUCAUAAGUUAAUUUACCCUUAAAUAUUUGAAAAAUUGUUUUCACAUCGCUUAGAUUUUUUAUAUCAUUUACAAAAAAGUACCCCAAAAAUGGCGAAUUUGGCCUUCGCGAGAAAGGCUAAUUCACGAAGGUAUGUGGGCAGUUUUAUAUUCUCAACUUGGAGGCUUUUAAUUUUCGGUAUUAAUAUAUCAUUUAUAGACCCUCCGCUCGGGGGAUUCGACGAAAUAUUACCCUCAGUGAUGAUAUUUCCCUCGGGGCUAAAUAUCAUCGCUUCGCGCGGGUAAUACUUGGCCGAAUCCCCCUCGCUCCAGGUCUAUAUAAAUGAUAAUAUAUAGCGUCUCUGGCAGGAAUCGAAUCUGCGGCCCUGCGAUUCCGGUGCAGCGCUCUAACAAACUGAGCUCUAUAAUCACAAGUUCGAAAUUUCCAUCUACAAAAACCCUUCAACUGUCAGUUUUUUUCGAGCGAGAUGCCCCCCAAAUCUCGAUAUUUAUCCAGGUUAAACUUUUUUUACCCAAGUUAAAAUUUUUUACCCAAGUUAAAAUUUUUAUCCAGGUUUAUAGUGCUGACCAUGCAGCUUUGAACAACCGGUCCCAGAGAUCAGGCAGAUGUGUAAAUGAUUUUGUUUCUAUUUCUAGUAAACGUUGCAUUUAAAAGGCCAACCCAUCAUUCAAGUUUGAACGGAGAGAGCGCAAAGUCAGAGUACGCCGUUGAUGGAAUACUUAAUUAUUAUCAAUUUCUUACGGACGGUGAUGGUGCUCUACCGCACUGGUUGAUGAUUGACUUUGAAGAAAGAAGGAAAGUCCAUAAAAUCUUUGUCUUGCCAAAAACAGAAUACUUGGAACACUUCAAAAAAGUAAUCAUGACCUUAGGUACGCAUACCUACAUUAUCCUCUAUCAGUGAUGUAGGGCUAGGCUUGCACGUGCGAUUUUUCUCUCGCGUAGGGAACGCAACGGAUGAAAUUUGAUUGCGUUGCCGGCGCAAAAAGAAGUCGGCAACAUGUGCACUGAUUUUCCCGUCUGGCCCUCACAGUCCCAAGGUGGGUCGUUUUGACCCACCCAUGAUUUCUAGGUCUACAGUUCAGUUUAACAGUGAUUAUAAUUAUGCAUUAGCGCAUGUACAGACAAGAGCAAAUAUAUAUUUAUCCUCUUGCUGUUCAGCACAGUCUCAGGGAUAAAUAGAUGCAUGAACAGAAUCAUUUGUCAAAAGUGUGCAAAUAGAUGAUAAUCCUCUAUUUAAGGGAAACCUACUAACCCCACUCUAACCUCUUACCCUAAUCUAAACUUGAUGACCUUUCUAUAUGUAUAUAUAUGUGUAUAUAUAUAUAUAUAUAUAUAUAUAUAUAUAUAUAUAUAUAUAUAUAUAUAUAUAUAUAUAUAUAUAUAUAUAUAUAUAGUUUUUCGUUUUACCUCAAAAAACCACAACAGUCUGCUUCAUCCGUAUAGGAAUCAUCAUCAUCCGUAUAGGAAUCACCUGAUGAUUCCUAUACGGAUGAAACAGACUGUUGUGGUUUUUUGAGGUAAAACGAAAAACUAUAUUACGCUCUAUCUGGUAUUGAGCACUGUUUGUGUUUCGUAAACCAAAAUCUUAAGCUAUAUAUAUAUAUAUAUAUAUAUAUAUAUAUAUAUAUAUAUAUAUAUAUAUAUAUAUAUACAAAAUAAAGGCCACGACCAAAAGAAAUUAGAAUAUAUAAUUCAAAAAUUUUUUAAUUUUCGACUGCAUGUAACAGCCUUCGUCAGAAACUAAGUACAAACUAAAUCAAAUAAGUCUCUCAUAUAUCCUAUGUGUAAACUAAUUAGAAAUUCUAAUUACAAGAUGGUAAAUACAAAUGCAUUGGUACUAUUAUUGCACGAAGUCGUGAUGACCAUUAAGUCCCCCCUGGUUGGUUAACAAGGUACCAAUCCAGAAAUUCUCACAUUCUCUAAGAGUGUGAUGCCUUUGAUCAAUCAACAUAAAUUUUAAACUAGAGUGGUCAGCACCAUGGCAAUCCAAAAAAUGAUUGACAAUAGCACACGUUCUCCGCUCACGUUUUAUGUGUGACUUAUAAUUAGCAAGUCGGGUCUUAAAAUUUAUGGUAGAACCUACACCUUGCAGACCACAAGCCACACACUGCGCAAGAUAUACUACAUUUUCAGAUCCACAUGUGAGAGAUUUACCAAUUUUAAAAAUCUUCUUGGUAAUCACUGAACGAAAACUACUUCCAGAAACAAGAAAAUUUUUACAGCAAUCGCAACGCUUGGCCGAACACUUAUAACAACCAAGUGAAUCCCCUAUGUUCUUAUUAAUAUACGGAUUAGAUGGUGCUAAUAAUUCUUUUAAAUUGGCAUUACGCUUAUAUGAGACACGAAGAGCUCUAUCCGGCAAAAUCUCUCUAGCAUCUGGAUCAUAAUCUAUAACCGGUCUAUGUUUCCUAAACAAUUCACGAAUAUCAGGGGCCCUAGGAUUAAACUUGACACUAAAAACACAAUGUCCACCGUCAACCUUCCUUCUACUCCUGCGAGCUUCUUCCCUGGUUAUAUCCGUAACUUCUUUAAAUUUCUCUACAACAUGUGUUUUAUCGUGUCCGCACUCAAGUAAAUAUUGAAUGUAUUCCUUACUUCUUUCCCGAAAAUCAUUCUCAUCGGAACAUAUCCUACGUAACCGCAAAGCUACACCCUUAGCAAUGCCACGUUUUUGCGAACCGGGAUGACACGAAUUGGCGUUAAGAUAUAUGUGCGGGUCAGUGGGCUUACUAUACACUGAUGUUUCCAACCGGUUAUUGGAAAUAGAAAUAAGAAGAUCCAAAAAAUGCAAAGAACUUCCUCCCACGUCCAUGGUAAACUGUAAAUGCGCGUCAAACGAAUUUAAAAGCUCAAAAAAAUCAUUAAGUCUCGACACUGUACCCCGCCAAAGUGCGAACGUGUCAUCCCGGAAUCGGAACCAAGACUUCAACUCGGGAUACGAAGUCUUAGAUUCCAACACUCUUCUGUCUACAUGUUCGGCGACAAUAUCAGCGUACGAACAGGAAUUCUUAGGUCCCAUGGCUGUACCAUUAGUUUGCAGCCAAUAUUGUCCCCGAAAUGCCGAACAAUUUCUCUUAAGACAUAAUUCUAGAGCCUCAAUAAUACAUUCUACUGGUACAUCAAAUUUAUCUACAAAAUCCAUAAGCUUACGACGUACUCGUUCAAUUCCCGUAUCAUUAUCAAUAGACGGAAACAUGUUGAUAAUGUCAAAACUAACCAACACGUCCCCAUCAGAAAUGCCUAUCUCGUUAAGCUCAUCUAUAAUAUCAAGCAUGUGUGAAGCAUCCCUUACCCGACUGGAAAUGGAAUCAACCACAACUUUACAAUACUUUUCAACAAAAUAGGACAAAUUCUCUAUACGAGUACCACAACCUGACGUAAUUACUCUAGCGGGAUUAUCAGGUUUAUGAGUUUUAAUUAAGGGAUAAUUCACACCUGGAUGAACCCUGCAUAUAUAUAUAUAUAUAUAUAUAUAUAUAUAUAUAUAUAUAUAUAUAUAUAUAUAUAUAUAUAUAUAUAUAUAUAUUAUAUAGAAUAUAUAUUAGCUAAAUAAUUUAUAUUAUAUUAUAUUUAAAUAUGAUAUAAUAUUUAUAUACAAACGAAUGUUUACCAAUUUCACCUUGCCAUGCGAAUGCAACUUGUAAUAUGGUAAAAUGUAUAUGUAAUAUGCUAUGGUAAAAUGUAUAUGUAAUAUGCUAUGGUAAAACAUUUAUGCACAACAUCAAUAUAAGACAAGCAACGACCAACAAAAGCAUCUGUUAAUUACGUAUAAAUUCAUGCUUUUGUAUCACUUAGAUAUAACAAACGAAUGUGUACCAGAUUCACCUUGCCAUGCGAAUGCAACAUGUAAUAACACAGAAGAAUCUUACAUCUGCACAUGUGAUUCUGGAUACAGUGGUGAUGGACUUACAUGCAAUGGUAAAAAUUUAUGCACGACAUGAAUGCAAGACAGACAACGACCACCGAAACGAUAAUGCAUAACUUUAUGUGUCUGUAUUCCGUAGAUACAAACGAGUGUGCACCAGUUUCACCUUGCCAUGCGAAUGCAACUUGUAAUAACACAGAUGGAUCUUACAUCUGUACAUGUGAUCCUGGCUACGGUGGUGAUGGACUUAUAUGCAAUGGUAAGUAAUGCAGAACGUAAAUAUUGGAGUAGCAACGACCGCGAAAAUGAUCUGUAGGCUAAAUAACACAUAAUUUUAUCUUUCUGUAAUACGUAGAUACAAACGAAUGUCUACUACACAGCAAAAAAUCAUUUUCUUAUUUUAAGAAAAAAAAAACUUGUUUUAAGAAAAUUUUCUUGAAAUAAGAAAAUAUUUUCUUGGGAGAAUAACAAGAAAAUUUUCUUAAUAAGAAAAUUUUCUUAAGAAAAUUUUUCUUAUUAAGAAAAUUUUCUUGAGAAAAAAUUCUUAAAUUGAGAAAAUAUUUUCUUAUUUUAAGAAAAUAUUUUCUCAAAUCAAGAAAUUUUUUUUCUUAUUAAGAAAAUUUUCUUGUUAUUCUCCCAAGAAAAAAGUUUUCCUGAAAUAAUAAAAUUUUCUUAAAAUAAGAAAAUAAUUUCUUAUUUUAAGAAAAUAAUUUCUUAAAACAAGAAAUUUUUCUUAAAAAGAAUUUUCUUAUUAAGAAAAUUUUCUUGUUAUUCUCCCAAGAAAAAAAAUUUUGAAAUAAGAACACGCCUCUGAUUUUUAACUACGCUGGUAAACUCAUAAUAGUCUGUAGAGGAAAUUUUUCGUAUAUACCUAUGCAAAUGCUAUGAGCUUGAAAUACCAAAUUUUGAUGUUUGUAUAGGUAAUAGGAUUGUUUCGAGUGGAAUUUGGGUAAAACAUGAAGAACGAAAUACUACAUAUUGUCUGUUUGGUAUACUCAUUAUUGGAAGUUUCUAA